UUUUCAAUAGUCGAAGCGUGUUAUACGAACAGCGAUACAAUGCCUAAGGUGAAGGGGAACUAUUGUAAUGUUGAGGGAUGUCACAAUCGAUCACAAACAGACAAAGAAAAUAAGAAACAUUACUACAGACUACCAGCUGUUAUUAGAAACCAAGGGAAAGAAUGUGAAAAUCUCAGCUCUGACCGACGACGAUUGUGGCUUUCAAAGUUGAACCAGAACAUGGACGGCAAAAAUUUAUCAAAUGUUCGCAUUUGUUCAGAACAUUUUAUAAAUAAAAAAAAGGCUGAAUUGUACCAAAAAAACAGUCCAGACUGGAUACCAACAGUUGAUAUGUCGAAAGCAGCAACGGAAAAACCAGAUUCAAAGUCACCUGCUGCUAACAAACGGUACCAGAGAAAAGUUGACAGAGCAGAGAAAUGUGAUGCAGCUAACACUUUGCUAGAACUAAACACAAUGUUUGAAACAGAUGCACAUGAUGAUUCAGAUUGUGUUUCGGAUGCUGAAACAGGUACUGCUAUUCAGACCGAUAUUGACCAGCCACUCUUUUCAGCCAUGCAUGAAGAAUUACAGUCACUUAGGACUGAAAAUGUAACAUUAAGUCGACAAAUCUGUAGUGCAUCAUCACAGUUCAAGGUAUUUGAAUUCGAAGGAGAUGAUGAAAAAGUCAAGUACUUUACAGGCCUGCCGAAAUUUACACUGUUAAUUUCCAUUUUCCAUUUCUUGGAAUCAUGUUUGCCAAUGAAGCAGUCUUUGGAUAAAUUUCAGAUUUUGAUCUUAUGUUUAAUGCGUUUACGAUUGAAUUUGUCUUUACAGUUAUUGGCCUAUCAGUUUAAUGUGUCACAAAGCACAGUUGCUAGAUACUUUGCAGAAACAAUUUCUGUGAUGUACAUAAAAAUGAAGCCCCUUGUUUCUUGGCCAGAACGUGAUGAAUUAAUUAAAACAAUGCCAAUGCAAUUUCGUAAACAUUUGGGUACUAAGGUAGCAAUCAUUAUAGACUGUUUUGAAAUUUUUAUUGAUAGACCUUCAAAUGUACUAGCAAGAGCCCAAACCUGGUCGAGCUAUAAACAUCAUAACACUGCAAAAUAUUUAAUUGACAUCACCCCACAAGGGUCCAUAUCAUUCAUAUCAUUAGGAUGGGGAGGUCGUGUAAGCGAUAAAUAUAUCACUGAAAACUGUUCCUUUCUGUCACAUGUUUUGCCUGGUGACAUCAUUAUGGCAGAUCGAGGUUUUGAUAUAUCUGACACACUAGGGAGUGUAUGUGCUGAAGCACGAAUACCAGCAUUCACAAAAAGGAAAAAGCCAACUGUCACCACUAGAUGUUGAAAGUACCCGGAAACUGGCCAGUAAUCGAAUACAUGUGGAACGUGUAAUUGGAAUGGUUCGCCAAAAAUACACCAUUCUUAGUGCUACACUUCCAAUUGAAUUUCUGAUCACUAAAGAAGGAGAAAGAGUUGCCCAGUUAGACAAAAUGGUUCAUAUAUGCUGUGCUCUUGUAAACUUGUGUCCAUCAGUUGUAGAUUUUAACUGAGUAUAUGAACAGACAUAGACUAUAACAUUACAAGUGACCGACAUACCAUAUUUGUGAAAAACUAUGUACAUGUCUGUAGUAAUUUAUAACAUUUAUUUGUAAAAUAUAUGUAAUCUGAUAAAUAAGUCAUAUUUACUAUUGUACAUAUUUUAUGCCAUUAGACAUUGUUAUUAUGCUUUAGAUAUAUAUGAUUAUGAAUAUUGUCCAAUGCCCAUCUUGUUUAGGAGAGCACUUAUAUAGGCUCUGCCUGUUGUGCAAUCCUUUUGAUUCUUUUUUGAUCAAUAAAAUAUCUCAAAACAAAACAAAUUUACUGUCAAAUGUUCCAUGACGUUUUCACUGAAACAGGGUUCGAAACUGACAUGGAGCAAUAUGCAAUAACCACUCAAAAUACACAAUAUGCUGACCGGCAGUACAUCAUGUACUGAAAAGUAAAAGUAAAUUUUAAUUUUCUAAUAUUUGCUUCUUAUAUCACACAAUGAAUUUCGAGCCUUGCUGUUGAGUGGCAGCUAGUGCUCUUUUAUAUAUGUACUUUAACCAGACUGGACAAUACAGCACUAGUUGGGAUAUGGUACAAGUGAACAAAAUGUGUAAGGUAUAUUUGUUAUAUUUGCAUAUUCGGAUUCUUUUGUCUUAGUGAAUUUUUUUUAACAAAUUGAGGCAAUUUCCGACAUUCUCUGCAAAACCAUUUCCCCCUGGGCGCUUUCUCCAUUCCAAUACACAGAUAAUGAAACCACUGAAUGUCACAAUUUUCGUUGUCACAGCAGAUCAUGAACCCAGAUUCAACUUGAUCACAGUAGCACCACGUUUCCUCAGAUGUACUGCAUUGACCCUGUGUGUCAGUUGUUGUAUUUGAUGGUAUUAAAGCAUUGUCUGUCGUCAUUCUUGAAUAGUAUUUACCCACCAGUUCAGGUAAAAUUGCCCUCUGAA